CUCCAUUUCCAGCCCUGUCACAGUGGUAACUUUCACGUAGCGAAUGCUAGUCAAACAAAGUCGAAUACCCAACUUGCGAACGAAUCCCAAAGCCAAAAGCAUUCCUCUCCACGUCGUCAAACGCAUCAAAAGGUAAUUGACGCAAGGGCAUCUACUCCUUCUUCUAGGUCGAGGCUGCCAUUUAGGUUACGGUUGGCUGUUGGGCCUGUCUUUUUGACUCAUCGCCCUCGGGUGCCGUGUGAAAGCCAAAGCCAAAGCCAGUGAGAGCGACGAAGGCUGAGCGGGCCGUUGUGACUCCCACAACCGGAGUUGGCUGGCGGCCCUUUUUUGGUCGUGUGCGAAUGGAAUAAAAAGCACGGCGACUCGAUUCGUGAUGAAGGUAUAGGGAAGGGAAUGCACGUGUUCUUGCGUCUCUCGCGGCCUCAACUGCUCAACAGUCGCGCCUGGAGCAUUGCUAUGAAGCGCAAGUGUCUGGUCGACAUUCUCCCAUCAGACGCGCCUAGGAAAAGAGCAAUGACUACUACAACCACGCCUGCUGCUGCUGCUGCUGCUGCUGCCCCUGCGGCGGCGCCAUCUAUCGCUCUUAGCCCCCCCGAGAAGCGGCUCAAGACUCUGCUGCUCGACGUCGCCCGGCACAUCGACUCGGAAUGGGGUGAUGCCAAGAUCAAAAAGGAGCCCGUGGUGCUCCGCUGGGCCGGCGGCUGGGUCCGCGACAGGCUGCUCGGGCUCGAGAGCCACGACAUCGACACGGCCAUCAACUGCAUGACGGGCGAGGACUUCUCGGACCGCCUCCGCGACUACUGCGCCGUCCCCGCGAACAGGGACCGCCAUGGCCUUGGCCCCAGAGACCUCCGCCACCUGCACACGGUCGGCCGCAACCCCGACAAGUCCAAGCACCUCGCCACAACCACCACGUCUCUCUACGGCCUCGACCUCGACUUUGUGAACCUGCGCAAGGAGACGUAUGCCGCCGACAGCCGGAACCCCACCAUGGAGUUUGGCACGGCCGAGGAGGACGCCCUCCGCCGCGACGCCACCAUCAACGCCAUGUUCUACAAUCUCCACACCGGCCAGGUCGAGGACUUCACCAGCGGCCUGCCCGACCUGGCUGCCCGCCUCAUCAGGACCCCCGUCGACCCGCUGCAGACCUUCCGCGACGACCCGCUCCGCGUGCUCAGGCUCGUGCGCUUUGCGAGCCGCCUGGACUUCACCAUCGACCCAGACGUCGGGAGCGUCAUGUCCGAGCCGGGAGUGCUGGCGUCGCUGCGGCAGAAGAUCAGCCGCGAGCGGGUCGGCGUCGAGCUGGAAAAGAUGUUCAAAGGCAAUAACCCCUGCCAGUCUCUUGAACUGAUUGACCGGUUUGGGCUCUAUCACGCAAUAUUCACAAACCCUAACCGCGAGGACAUGCCCAAGCCGGACGUGUCCAACUGGCGCGCAGCCUACCAGUGCCUCGGCUUUCUCGAGCGGAACAGGGCGCCCGGCUCCAUCUUCGACCGACUGGUCAAGGACGACGAGACUCGGGCGUUUGCCUGGGCGCUCGCGACGCUGACCCCCUGGGAGCAGCUGCCGGACGACGUCAACCCAGACCCGAAAAAGAAGCCCCUGCUACCCCUGGCAGCGCAGGCGGCGCGGGAGGGCUUCAAGGCGCACAACAAGCUGCGCGACGUGGUGGUGGCCGCCCACCGCAACCGCUCCGCCAUCGUCGCGCUGAAGGAGGUGGUGCGCACCGGGCAGCAGCCGCAGGUAGACGACGCGGCCGUGUUUGGAAUGGCCAUCAGGGAGUGGGACGGCACCGCCGGCACGCACUGGAGGCUGCAGGUGUUGUUUGCCAUUCUCGUCGAUGUGGAGAUGCGCUGCAGCGCAGCAGAGGGCGCUGCAGGGCCACAGCGGGACGACGUGCUCGCCAAGUGGCAGCAGUUCCUCGACAAGCUCGUCGAGCUCGACAUGGUCGAGGCGCCGGCCGUCAAGUGCAUCGUCGAGGGCCGCGUGCUGGCCCAGCUGCUCGGCUCCAAGCCCGGCAAGUGGAUGAACCCGGCCCUCGACAUAGUCAUAGCCUGGCAGCUGCGCAAUCCCGGCGUCGCCGACUACGCCCCCGCCGUCGAGGAGGUGCGCGCCAGGGCGCAGGAGCUCGGGAUUGUUCGCAGGGGGUGAUGACUAUUACCUACCUACCUACAUACAUACAUACAUACCUACUAGUAUUAGGCAUUGUCUAACUCCCUAGACUAGGCUCCGGGAUAUUAUCAGUGUUCCAGCUGCUCCCAUGUAGCAACAUGAUUACUGGUGUAAUAAUUGUGUUGUAGUGUGUAUAGUUAUUUCACCAAUGUGAUGAAUCUA